CGCGAGACUGUGCGAGGGGAUAAGUUGAGGAAACAUGGCGAUGUCUAAUUUGCUAAAGAACAAAGGCUCCCUGCAGUUUGAGGACAAAUGGGACUUGAUGCGGCCCAUCGUUCUGAAACUGCUUCGCCAGGAGUCCGUCACCAAGCAGCAGUGGUUCGACCUCUUCUCAGAUGUUCAUGCAGUAUGCCUUUGGGAUGACAAAGGCCCAGCAAAAAUCCACCAGGCCCUCAAAGAAGACAUCCUAGACUUUAUAAAGCAAGCGCAGGCGCGUGUGCUGAGCCACCAAGAUGAUACUGCACUGCUUAAGGCCUACAUUGUGGAGUGGCGGAAGUUUUUCACUCAAUGCGACAUCCUGCCCAAACCCUUCUGCCAACUGGAAAUCACCCUGAUGGGUAAGCAGGGCAGCAACAAGAAGUCCAAUGUGGAGGACAGCAUUGUGAGAAAGCUCAUGCUGGACACGUGGAAUGAGUCGAUAUUCUCCAACAUCAAGAACCGUCUGCAGGACAGCGCCAUGAAGCUGGUGCACGCCGAGCGCCUCGGGGAGGCCUUCGACUCGCAGCUGGUCAUCGGGGUCCGCGAGUCCUACGUGAAUCUGUGCUCGAACCCGGAGGACAAGCUCCAGAUCUACAGAGAUAACUUUGAGAAGGCCUACCUGGACUCCACUGAGAGGUUUUACAGGACGCAAGCACCUUCUUAUCUGCAGCAGAACGGAGUGCAGAACUACAUGAAAUAUGCAGAUGCUAAGUUAAGAGAGGAGGAGAAAAGGGCACUCCGUUAUUUAGAGACAAGACGUGAAUGUAAUUCUGUACAAGCACUUAUGGAAUGUUGUGUAAACGCUCUGGUGACAUCUUUCAAAGAGACAAUCUUGGCCGAAUGUCCAGGCAUGAUCAAACGAAAUGAGACUGAGAAACUUCAUCUUAUGUUCUCCCUCAUGGACAAAGUCCCUAACGGCAUUGAGCCCAUGUUAAAGGACCUGGAGGAGCACAUUAUAAAUGCUGGGUUGGCAGACAUGGUGGCAGCAGCGGAGACCAUCACCACUGACUCUGAGAAGUAUGUGGAGCAGCUUCUCACUCUGUUCAAUCGCUUCAGCAAACUAGUGAAGGAGGCGUUUCAGGAUGACCCACGCUUCCUGACGGCCAGAGACAAAGCCUACAAAGCUGUUGUGAAUGAUGCUACGAUAUUUAAACUGGAGCUUCCGCUGAAACAGAAAGGGGUGGGACUGAAAACACAGCCAGAGUCCAAGUGUCCAGAGCUGCUGGCCAACUACUGUGACAUGCUGCUGAGGAAGACACCACUGAGUAAAAAACUCACCUCUGAAGAAAUCGAGUUAAAACUGAAAGAAGUGUUAUUGGUGCUAAAAUAUGUGCAGAAUAAGGAUGUCUUCAUGCGAUACCAUAAAGCACAUUUGACACGUCGUUUGAUCCUGGACAUUUCAGCAGACAGUGAGAUAGAGGAAAACAUGGUGGAGUGGCUCAGGGAAGUGGGCAUGCCUGCCGACUAUGUGAACAAACUAGCAAGAAUGUUUCAGGACAUCAAAGUGUCAGAGGAUCUGAACCAGGUCUUCAAGGAAAUGCAUAAACAUAACAAGCUGGCCUUACCAGCGGACUCUGUCAACAUCAAGAUCCUGAAUGCGGGCGCCUGGUCUCGCAGCUCAGAAAAGGUGUUUGUGUCGCUGCCCACGGAGUUGGAAGAUCUCAUCCCUGAAGUGGAGGAGUUCUACAAGAAGAACCACAGCGGCAGAAAGCUGCACUGGCACCACCUCAUGUCCAAUGGCAUUAUCACUUUCAAGAACGAAGUGGGGCAGUAUGAUCUGGAGGUCACGACCUUCCAGCUGGCCGUCCUGUUCGCCUGGAACCAAAGACCCAGAGAAAAGAUCAGCUUUGAAAAUUUAAAGUUGGCCACGGAGCUCCCCGAUGCAGAGCUACGACGGACGCUAUGGUCUCUCGUAGCCUUCCCUAAGCUCAAGCGUCAGGUGCUGUCAUAUGAACCUCAAGUCAGCUCUCCCAAAGACUUCACAGAUGGCACUCUCUUCUAUGUCAACCAAGAGUUCUCUUUGAUAAAAAACGCCAAGGUCCAGAAGAGGGGGAAGAUUAAUCUGAUUGGCCGACUGCAGCUUACGACAGAGCGAAUGAGGGAAGAGGAGAAUGAAGGCAUUGUCCAGCUGAGAAUAUUAAGGACACAGGAGGCCAUCAUUCAGAUUAUGAAAAUGCGUAAGAAGAUCACUAACGCCCAGCUUCAGACCGAACUGGUGGAGAUCCUGAAAAACAUGUUUUUACCGCAGAAGAAAAUGAUUAAAGAACAGAUUGAGUGGCUGAUCGAGCACAAAUACAUCAAGAGGGACGAGACGGACAUUAACACCUUCAUCUACAUGGCAUAGCACAGAGAGGGGGCCAUUGCCAUGAUGAUGAUGAUGAUGACAAUGAAGAUUCAGGUGAGGAAGAGGAUAAAGAUGGUGCCUGGCAGACGCUGCAUUUGCUUGAGGCGUCAAUAUCAAACAGCUUUGUGGGUGGUGAUGGACUGGGUUAUGACUGACAAUUACAGAUCAGUUACAAAAAUAUUAAAAUCCCUGCCUUACCUUAUAAAAAAGGAAAAAAAAAAAGAAAAAAGGACUAUGUUUUGCCAAUUUUAGUCAGUAUGCAUGGUGGCGUUUGCCUUCGUGUUUCUACAUCUCCAGCAGCAUGCUAUUCUGUGGUAAUCUUGCAUUCAUCAGAGAAUCUGUCCCGUGUGCUGUGUUGUGUGUGUUUCCCCUCUCUGUCUCCCAUUCCAGUCCUCCCCCACACCCCACCCCACCUCCACUACGCACACCUUCGGCCAGCUGGAGAAUGUACAGAUAGGCCCCACCUCUCUGCAUAUAGACCACUCCCUCUGCGUCUGAUUUCACCCUGACUGGUAGACAGGCCACACCCCUCUGCACACAGGCCCUGCCCGCCCCCAUCACCAGUUUACUCGGGGAACUUGAUGCCCGUGUGCAUUUACUUAGUACAUCUGUGACUAUGACUAGAGCAUUAGCACUUUCACUUUACUUCUGGGUCUGUCUACAUAGCUUUACAAGCUCAAUCUUCCGUUUGAAACUUUGUUUUUGUGUGGUUUUCUUUUUAGGCAUUUUGUUUGAAUUUUGCACAAGACGAGCACCAGAAUACAUCUUAUGACUGGAAGGAUGGAGACAUUUUGAGUAGAUUGCAAUGCUUGCAAUAUGCUGUGGGGUGUAUUCCCGGUAAUGUCACAGGGAAAUGCCCACAGCAGAAUCAGAAGGUUUCUUUUGUUUCUGAAAGAGCUAUCCAUACUCCCUGCCCUUCAAAGGAAAAUAUUAGAGGUGUCUUCCAAGGAGAUCUCUCCUGAUAUAGAUAGGGAUUGUAGUGGAAAUUAUUAAGGUGUAUUAAAGGUGUAUUCUGUCAACAAGUCAUGUGUUAUUGGGAAAAGCCGUUUUUGAGCCCAUUUAGGUCACUUAUAACAGUUUUGUAACGGAAGCAGAAAUGUGAUUUUCAGUUUUGGGAAGAGAAGGAUUCUGGGGAUUAGUAGUGGACCACUAACUUCCACUAAGAAUCCACACACUGAAAUGGCAAAUGUUUGCUCAGUGUUUCAAUCAAGUGCAAUAAUUUGGAGAGCUACAAGCAAAAAGGACAUGUGUGAUGAAUGCUGGUAGAAUGUUGUCUGAAUGUUUGCAAGGCCUGCAUUUGUGGUUGUUUCUCUAAUAUGCUCCUCAUUUUUCAAAGAAAUUUGCCCCCUUAUUUCCAAGUAAAAAUGUGAUUUAUUGCCCAUUGACAGCACAGUAGUUCUUGGGCACUCUGCCCAUAGAGCAAUAUUGCGUUAUCUUAAUGGACUGAAGACUGAAUAUGUUCAUUAUGUCAUCUUUUACCUUUAUCUAAAGCUGUUGUUUUGUACUAUACUGGAUCUAUGGAGAAUGUUUGGUUUGUAGUUCAAACCACUGUGUGGGCAUUUCAGGGUGGUGCAUUUAGGGCAAGCUCACAGCAGAGGAAUCGCAGUGAUUAACACACAGUCAGGAUAAGGCAUGUUGUUGCUGAAUUCAAUUGCAAGUACAGUGGAAAGCGCAUAUUUUCCAUGGUCUGCUUUAGGUGUAAAGCUUGGUGAAAGACCAGAAGGAUAAGGAUAAAAAGUAGAGCACAUGAGUUGUGCAAGUAGGCUUAGUAAUGUCAGAAAAAGUUCACAACAGCUGCCAGAUAACUGACUGGGGAAAAAAAAACAUUUAAUGCUCUUCUCAAAAAUGCAGUUUGCUCAAAGAUGAAAACAUCCAUGUGCUUUCCACAGAUUAAAAAUCCAGAAUAACAGAAGUAGUUCCCUGACAGCUGUUCUCUUAACUUUUUUUUUUUUUUUUUACUAUUUUUUGACAUCACAAACUAUAUAAGAGCAGGACAGUCCUAACACCAGAGGACCGGCAAAUCCCUUUCAGCGAGGGGCUUAAUGUCAGUGGAAAUGAAUAAUCUUCUCUCUUUGCUCAGUAAAUCAUAUCUGUUCAGUUUCCUGAAAGCUGGCAUUUGUGGCCCCUUUGCUUGGAGCAGGUUGCAGAAGCUUGGCAGCCUUUCUGCAGUUGAAAUGACCAACAUGUUGCCUUCUUCCACUUCUGUUUUGGACUGAAGCAGAUUUCAGGCAAUGCUGAGCAGUCCAUUCUCUCUCAUGAUCUGAUGCAGAGCAGCUAAAGAAUGUCUUGCAUUCUUGUAGCAGGCAAUGGUUGUCCCUCUGGGCCAUAUUCAUAUCAUGAUCUGCCAGGCUUCUUCAAAUAAUCAAUCUAUGGAAUUGCAGCAUGCAGGGUGAAAGUGAUUAUAGCAGCCUGAUUUUUUUUUUCUUCCUUUAAAGGGUUAUCAUAUUGGUGUCAUCUUGCUGUUUUCCUUUGUCCAGGGUAAAUAAAUUGUCUUGUUUGCACCUCAGUUUUAUCACAAUGUGUGGACAGAUUGUGGUGAAGUUAACAUGUCACCCCCCAAAUCUGUUGCUAAUGCUUUAAGAACUGUACAUGUGACUGGGCUUGUAGAAAGACAUGGGAUUGUCUAACAGUAUGAAUCGCCCGUUUAAUUUAUUUCUUAUUUAUGUGAGAAUUUUGUUUGUUUUGCUAUUUCAUUGUGUUGAAGUAGCCUUUAUGAUGGUGCCUAGGCACUCUUAGAUUUGUACAUAUUCAUUCUGUGAUUUGGGGAAGUCAAGGCUUAGACAAAAGAAAUGGUUAAAAAAUUCAUGUUGAACACUAUCCCUUUUUAAUUUCAGUGUAGUGAAUUCUUGCUUUCCACUCAUUUUCAUGUGCCACAUAGUUGUUGCAUUUCUACUGUGUUAACAACAAACAUCUGAGAUACUGCAGCUCCCUUGCUUUAGUAAACUUGCAUGUUUUGGAACACAUUACAGAAAGCUUUUACACAGGUCCAGCAUUUAUGAUUUUUACAAACCAACAAACCAACAGGAAAUACUAGUUACUCCCCCCUUACAAUUUAUCGUAGUUUUACAAAUCUUGCUUCAGGUGAUUGAAGUGUUUUAUCAUGUCUUAACACAUUAUGUUAAACUGUACACAGAGUCACCCUUAUCAGUAAAAUCUUCACCUCACUUAUUCUCACAUCUGUAUUCCAACCAAAGAAUAUCCAGAAUAUAUCUGUUGGACAGUCAACACAUGAUGACAUUAAAAAGGGAUACUGGUUCUUUUGUGUCUGGAAUUUAAAUUAUUGGAUCACAGAAUGAAUGAAGAGUUCUUGGAUGUUAGAAAGGUAUGAAAUAGAUGUGUGGGUUUCUGAAACAUCAACAAUGAGUUUAUGCAGUAUAUACAUGAAAUAAUUUUGCGUUCACGCUAAAUGAUGCACAUCUCUUACAGGUAACUUUUGCGUUGCAAUUGUCUUGACAUUUUCUCACAAGCAGUGAAUGCAUAGUACGUUUAGCUUUAUAACAAGUAAAUUUUACAUUUCAGUAACAACAGAAUGCACAGAAUGUGUUGAGAAAAGGCUAUGGUUUCACAAGAAAAAAUAUUUGACCACAUUUAGCCAGACAGUUUUGCUCUGUUUGCUCUGGUUUAAAUUCAUCAGAAAAUAUGGGUAAUCUAAUACAGUUGACCAUACUGUCCUUUUGGGUAGCAGGAUCAGUCCAGAGAUAAUGAAUAGACAUAUUAAGAGGACAAAACCCAAGUAUAACAAAUAGACCUCAGCUGUAUGCAGUUGUGGAUGCUACUCUGAAUAAUACCAUUUUAUGAUUUUUACUUGGUUUAUGUCUUCCAUUUAUUUUUUCUUGAAAAAUGGCACUCAGUUGACAAAAUAAUUUGGUAU